AGGGCGGUCGUGUAUAAAAACGUACGGCCAGCGGCAGCGUCCGUCCCUGCUGCAGAGCUGCUUUAGGAGAGGUGACUUAAAGGGCCCGCUUCGCGCCGCCGCCCCCUCGGCUCGCCAUGCUGCUACCCGUGCCGCUGCUGCUCGGCCUUCUCGGCCUGGUCGCUGCCGAACCCGCCGUCUACUUCAAGGAGCAGUUUUUAGACGGAGACGGGUGGACCGACCGCUGGACCGAAUCCAAACACAAGUCGGAUUUUGGCAAAUUCGUCCUCAGCGCCGGCAAGUUCUACGGUGACCAGGACAAGGAUAAAGGGCUGCAGACGAGCCAGGAUGCCCGCUUUUACGCCUUGUCUGCCAGAUUUGAGCCUUUCAGCAACAAGGACCAGACGUUGGUGGUGCAGUUUACUGUGAAGCAUGAGCAGAACAUCGACUGCGGGGGCGGCUAUGUGAAGCUAUUUCCAGAUAGUCUGGACCAGACUGACAUGCACGGAGACUCUGAAUACAACAUCAUGUUUGGCCCUGACAUCUGUGGCCCUGGGACCAAGAAGGUUCACGUUAUCUUCAACUACAAGGGCAAGAAUGUGCUCAUCAACAAGGACAUCCGUUGCAAGGACGAUGAAUUCACACACCUGUAUACUCUGAUUGUACGGCCCGAUAACACCUACGAGGUAAAAAUUGACAACAGCCAGGUGGAGUCUGGCUCUCUGGAGGAUGAUUGGGACUUCCUGCCACCCAAGAAGAUAAAGGAUCCUGAUGCUUCAAAGCCUGAAGACUGGGAUGAGCGGGCCAAGAUUGAUGACCCCACAGACUCCAAACCUGAGGACUGGGACAAGCCCGAGCACAUCCCUGACCCCGAUGCUAAGAAGCCUGAGGACUGGGAUGAAGAGAUGGAUGGAGAGUGGGAACCACCAGUGAUUCAGAACCCAGAAUACAAGGGCGAGUGGAAGCCCCGGCAGAUCGACAACCCGGAUUACAAGGGCACUUGGAUUCAUCCAGAGAUCGACAACCCCGAGUAUUCUCCUGAUAGCAGUAUCUAUGCUUAUGAAAACUUCGCUGUUCUGGGCCUCGACCUCUGGCAGGUCAAGUCUGGUACCAUCUUUGACAACUUCCUCAUCACCAAUGAUGAAGCAUAUGCCGAAGAGUUUGGCAACGAGACGUGGGGAGUCACAAAGGCAGCAGAAAAGCAAAUGAAGGACAAGCAGGAUGAGGAGCAGAGACUGAAGGAGGAGGAGGAGGACAAGAAGCGCAAGGAGGAGGAGGAGGCAGACAAGGACGACGACGAGGACAAAGAUGAAGAUGAGGAGGAUGAGGAUGAUAAAGAAGAGGAUGAAGAGGAAGAUGGUGCUGGCCAAGCCAAGGAUGAGCUGUAGGGCCACACCAUCGCUUCCAGGGCUGGACUGAGGCCUGAGCGCUCCCGUCACAGAGCUGGCCGCGCCAAAUAAUGUCUCUAUGAGACUGGAGAACUUUCC